AUGCCUAGAAACGAAGAAGAAGAAGAUGCGACUCCAUUUCAACAUUUGAUCUCAAGGUUAAAUGCGCACGAUAUUCAAAGGGUAGCCUCGUUGCUGACGUCAGAAUCCGAUUACUACUUCUUGGGGAACGCAAGAAACAAGACCGGCUCCAAACGCCUACAGAAACUCCUCGGAAAAUCAGAUGACGCUGACGCUCUCUUCGCCGACUCUAUCGUGCGACGCUUCUACGAGUUCAUGACCCACAAGCACGCGUCCUACAUGGCAGUUCAAGGGAUGCGAGUUUUCAACCUGCAGGAGAAGAAAAUGGCAGUGUGGCACCUCAUUCACCUCCACGCGAUUCACCUGGCGUGUGACCGACACGGCUACGUCGCGCUCAACGCGAUCAUAACCAAUGUGGUAAGCAUAUUCAAUGUGGAAGAUGUCGGCAACAGAAGCUACCUACUUGACAUAGUCGCAGGCCACACUCUCUGUUAG